GCCAACAACCUGUUAUCAGUUUGGUCGUUGUAUGGCUUGGAGCAAAAUGGGGCUCUGUGUUAUCAACGCUUUAGUCUUGAUGAUGACUUUCAUACCUCGAGGAGGCUUUGCUCAGCUACAACUUAAUCCAAACCAAUUGCUACUCACUAAUGGAGCUACUAGUGGUUCUGUUCAGAUUUCCUGUGGAAUUCCCAGUGGUGUGACUGCCUCAUCAGUAUAUGCUAUUUCCAUCUCACGCUACUUGAAAUCACAGCCCGCAACAGAACAGAGUCUGGCAAGAGCAGAUAUCACUGUCAAUCAAGGACAAGCAUCGCUUGAUGCUAACAGUGGUCUCACUCAGAACACAGUGACAGUGUCUGGCAGUACAAGUCAGAAGUCAAUGACACUGACACUGACACAGGCAGAGUGUGAAGAUGCCGGUACAUAUGUCUGCCAAAUUCCUUACAAUGCAGCUACUGGUGGUAACACACAGAUACAGACUAUAGAUGUCUAUGAGAAUUUUACUGUCAUAGUUCCUCCUGGAAACAUGACCAUGACUGCAGAUCCACAAAUUCAAGAUGGAAAUUACAUAGUGGGCGAACCUUUGACACUUAGCUGCAAUUGCAUGAUUGGACCAUAUGACUCAGCUGAAGGGGAAACUUGGCAGUGGUCAUGGCAAUACCAGGAUUAUGGUGUCUACAGUUGGACGCCCUAUCCAAAUGAAGAUGAUAUCAUCAAUGAGCCACCUGUUAAAGGGACAAGUUCAUGUCAGUAUCAUCAGAUCAGCAGACUUACUAUAAACCUGACUAUUGACGACUCUCAGCGAACAUAUAGGUGUGUUGUACAAGGAACCAAUAAUCAAGGCUCUUCUAACGCUGAGUAUCUUCUGGGAGUUGUUGCUGAAACAGAUUCGACAACUCUAGGAACAGGUGCUAACAGUGGUGUCAGUGCUUCAACCCAACCUUCAUCAACAGAGAGUAAGUUGUUUUUUCAGGCUGAAAUUUGUAUACAGUUUGCACUCACGGUGGUUAUGAUAAGAAUAAUAGUCACUAAAGGCAGACAAUUUAUUACCUGUAGUAAAAAGUUCCACAUCUUCAAUUUGUGAUGAUGUGAAUUGUAAGUGAAUUU